CCGCGGGGCGCGCCGACUUGGUCUGAAGAAUGAGUUAUCCAGGUUAUCCUCCUGCUGGUGGGUAUCCACCAGCUGCUCCAGGUGCUAAUCCUUGGGGUGCCCCCAGCUAUCCUCCCACAAAUCCUCCUCCAAUUGGUCUGGAAAAUGUUGGAAAUUAUGCUAAUCAGUUUAAUCCAGAUUAUAUGGCAAGCAUGGCUUCCAAUAUGUCGGGCACUUUUGGUAGUGUGAACAUGCCACAGGGCGUGUACCCUCCCGCUUCUGGUGGUGGCUAUCCCCCUGUCCCUCCGGGUGGCUUCGGACAAGCUCCACAGGGACAGCAACCCCCUUAUGGAAUGUACCCGCCAGCUCCAGGAGCAAACCCUCCUUCAGGGAUGCCAUCUUAUCCAGGGUAUCCAAUGCCACCAGCGGGGCAGCAACCACAGCCAAUGACAUACCCUGGUCAACAGCCCAUGCCACCUCCAGGACAACAGCCGAUGCCAAGCUAUCCUCCUGGCCCAGCAGUUAACCCUUCGAUGCCAUCUUAUCCGGGACCUACGAUGCCAACGGUUGCUCCUGUGCAAACUGGAAACCGAGGUACCAUUUAUGAUGCUCCAUCAUUUGACCCUCUGAGAGAUGCAGAAGUCUUAAGGAAAGCCAUGAAAGGAUUUGGGACAGAUGAACAGGCGAUCAUUGAUUGUCUUGGAAGUCGUUCCAAUAAACAGCGGCAGCAGAUCACCCUUUCCUUCAAAACAGCUUAUGGAAAGGAUCUAAUCAAGGAUCUGAAAUCUGAGCUCUCAGGCAACUUUGAGAAGACUAUCUUGGCAAUGCUGAAGACACCUGUUAUGUUUGAUGUUCAUGAGAUCAAAGAUGCAAUCAAGGGUGCUGGCACGGAUGAAGCCUGCCUGAUAGAGAUCCUGGCGUCUCGCAGCAACGAGCACAUUCGGGAAAUCAGUCGGGCCUACAAGACAGAAUUUAAGAAAACGCUGGAAGAAGCCAUCAGAAACGACACAUCUGGACACUUCCAGAGGCUCUUAAUCUCACUUGCUCAGGGAAACAGAGAUGAAAGCACCAAUGUGAAUAUGUCGCUUGUCCAAACUGAUGCUCAGGCACUGUACGCAGCGGGAGAGAAUCGACUUGGGACGGACGAGUCCAAGUUCAACGCCAUUCUCUGUGCCAGAAGCAGAGCUCACCUAAGAGCAGUUUUCAACGAAUACCAGCGAAUGUGUAACCGUGACAUCGAGAAGAGCAUAUGCAGAGAAAUGUCUGGAGACCUUGAACACGGGAUGCUGGCAGUAGUCAAGUGCCUGAAGAGCACACCUGCUUUCUUUGCAGAGAGGCUGCAUAAGGCCAUGAAAGGGGCAGGAACCAAAGACAGAACUCUCAUUCGGAUCAUGGUAUCGCGCAGCGAGGUUGACUUACUGGACAUUCGGCAGGAAUAUAAGCGGAUGUAUGGCAGAUCUCUGUACACAGACAUUUCGGGUGACACUUCAGGAGACUAUCGGAAAAUCCUCCUCAAACUGUGUGGUGGAAAUGAUUAAGUAGGACUUCCUGGAUUUUUGUUUUUCACUUUUCAAAAAUAUUGGCUAUCGAAACUCCCAACUUUCCAAAGGAUUCUUUAUAUACAGUGUCAUGUAUGAGAAAAUUAUCCUGAUAUAUUUUGUUCUUUACAUACACAUUCAAAAAUUCCUGCUAUAAUAGAGGCUGCACUGGAUAGAUUAGAUCAUAAAUAUGGGGGUUGGGUUGGUCACUUUAUGAAAGAAAUCGCUCUCUUUUUUUUUGCUACAUGAAGGACAAUCUUCUUGUGUUGCAUGAAAACUUCACUUUUGUGUGUGUGUGUGAGCAAAAAGACAUAGCAUUAUUCUAAAAAGUAUAAAAGAUUGGUGUGUCUUUAUGGUCAAAAAUUUGCAUUAGUAUACUGUCUGUAGCCUAAAUUCAAAAUGCUUGUUCUGAAGAGUGAUGGGGGUGUUCACUUCUUGUCCAAACCUGGCUAGAAUCUCUGACCAAUUUCCCACUAGCUGUACACUGCUCUCACGCUCCUCUUCUCUGCGGGGGUUUUGUCAGAUUUCACACUGGCUGCCCUGGGGCUGCAACUAGCUUCGCCUUUUUUGCACAGCAAAUAGAAAGCUCUAAAAACCAGUUUCUGUUUGCUGCACUAAUCGGUUUCUGACUAAUUUCCCACUCACCCUACACCGCUCUGACGUUCCUCUUUUCAGCGUGGUGUCCUUCCGAUUUCCCACUAUCUCCCCCGGGGCUUCAGCAAAGAUUGACGUUUUUGUGCGGCAAAGAGAAACUGGUUUUUAGCGGUUUCUCUUUGCCGCACAAAAAUGCUGACGCAAGCUGAAACCCUGAGGCAGAUAGUGGGAAAUCCGACGGAACCCCCACAGAGAAGAGGAGCGUGAGAGCGGCGUAAGGCUAGUGGGGAAUCAGUCUCUGUCUUUUUUACAGCUGUAUGUUGUGGGCAAAGCAAUAAGUGAAUUGAGGUAGAUGGUGUGUAUCUGAGCAGCUGAUGCCAUAACCCUGCGUUCUGUCCCCAUAUUAAAUCAGGAGUGGGGUAGACCACAGGGGACUGCAACCGAUUUACUUGUUUCUUCUUUGAAGAAGGAAUGUGGAUUUUGUCUCUUCCUGAGCAGUGCUCAAACAAGGCUCCUCUUUGCUUUUUGUUAGGAUAUUAAUCACCAAAGCUUUAGUGCUGUGCAAUGUACAGAGGUGCAUGUAAAUCAGUGUAGACUACACUGCACAUGGUGGAUUUUGUGAGUGUUUCAGCAAAUGGAAGGGCAGGAUCCAAUCUAGCUGUUUAUAGAGUCCUGGUUAAAUAUAGUAGGAGAGAGUUCCCCAACUUUUCAUGUUAAAAACGGUGCUUCUCAACAGCCCUGACCUGGAUAGGCCAGGCUAGCCCAGUCUCCUUGGGCAGGAUCGAUCCUGGUUAGCACUUGGGUGGGAAACCAUCAAGGAUAUCUAGAGUUGCUAUACAGAAGCAGGCAGUGACAGACCACAUCUGAACGUCUCUUGCCUUAAAAACCCUCGGUCAGUCUGCUACACCCCCCCCCCCCC